AUGAAUCUCCAGCUCCUGCUCCAUCGAAUCUCGCAUCGGAUCCGCUACUUCCACGCCGCCGCAUCAGCUCCCCUCUCGGAGUCCUCCGUAUUCGACGAGCUCGUCUCGGUCGUCGAGGCGUCCAAUCCGAUGGAGCCGGAGCUGGACGCCAUGGUCCCUUUCCUCUUUCCCGCCGCCGUCGCUUCCGUCAUCCAACAGCCGCCCAAUCCGCAGCUCGGCUUCCGUUUCUUCAUCUGGGCGUCUCGGUACAAGCGUUUCCGCACCUGGGAAUCGCGGGACGCGAUACUCCGGAUGCUGGGCGACGAGAAAGGAAUGGAUUUGUACCGUCAGGUUUUGGAAGAAACGAAGAGGUGCAAAUUCGAGGUUCCUGCUGAAUCAUUUCUGGUGCUGAUUCUGUAA